GUCGCCUACAACUAUUCCAAAAAUGUUAAAUUUAAUUAUAAUUUUAUUAUUUUCUGUGCAUAGUUUUGUCGCGCCCCGAAAUCUUAAUCCAGGAAGCAGGAUUAUUGAUGGAGAACUUGUCGACAUUUCUCAAGUACCGUAUCAGGUAGCAAUCUUGUUCGAAGGCAAGCAAGUAUGCGGAGGGUCUCUUAUUUCCACUACAAAGGUACUUACUGCGAAUCAUUGUUGGACCGACGAAACAAACAGAAACUUAUCUGAGUACAGCGUAAGAGUAGGUUCUACAGACUGGGAAAAAGGUGGCCAAGAAAUAUAUGCAAGCGCUGUCGAUUUAUACGACGUACCAGAAGGCGAAGUCUACCUAAACUAUGACAUCGCUGUUAUUACUUUGAAAUCAGCGGUAAAUGUUUCCAAUGCGAUUCCUAUCCAGCUUGAUGACGCUGAUAGGGUAUACGUUGACGGCGAAGUAGUGACGAUAUCAGGAUGGGGGUUACCAUUUUCACCAUUCGAACCAAUCCCACCCAAUGUAACUAUUGGUAAAUAUCCACUAAGUGUAAUAAAUUCGACCGUCGUUUCCUGUGGAGAUAGCUCAGAUUCUCCAGAUACCAUACUGUGUAUUCGUCAAAAUGGAGGCGGAAUAUGCUACGGUGACUCUGGUGGGCCGGCGGUUAUUAACGGAAAACUAGCUGGUAUUGUUUCAAGUGGAAUAUGCGGUUCGGAGAAAUAUCCUGGAGCCUAUACCAAGAUUUCUGCUUUUAGGGAAUGGAUUCGGCAACAUGCGGGAGUUUAG